AUGGCAUCGAUUUUUACAUAUGAACCCGAACCCCCAAGGGUAGAAUCACCGUGGCUGUUGACUCCUACCAAUUCUCCUAAACCACCUUCACCUCAGCCAUAUCCGAAAUCUCUCGACAGCUCCCCUGGCUCAACUCACAUCUCGGACUAUGGAGUCACAAAAUUGGAGGCAGAACCACAAGAAGGUCCCACAGAAUACAAACUACACCUUUUGUUACGACCGAGGAGGACGUAUAGUACGUCAAGCACCGGCUCAAUAAUAUCUGGUUCCCAACAGCACAAACAGCAACCCCUUAAUCAGGAGAAAGCAAGCCCCAUAUUGGCACCAUCCAACCAGAGUAAACAGAAACGUUUAGAGCAGCUCACAACUCAAUUGCUGUGGCGUCUACAACAGUCGUCUCCGUAUCAUGCAUCAUCUACAAGUGAUCUUGUAUUACCGAAAUUGCCUGGAAGCGCAACAAGCUUAGAUGCCCCUUCAAGACCCGGGAAGCUGUUAGCUGGGCUUGAGGAAAGCCGUGGAGCACUGUAUGAAAUAGGCGUUUCCGAUGAUGGUACAUUUGUCGGUCUGACGAGCGAUGAAUUAGACGAGAGUUUGACAAACCUACGGGCUAUGGCAGCUAGUCUUGGAUGUAAUGUUGAGAUUGUUCGAAAGGUAGUUGUUGGGGAAUGUGAAUGGCAAGAGACAGAUGAACUCCCAAAGUCUCAAAUUUCGCAGCGACUCAAGAAACAAAAACCAUGGUUGGUCCCUGAAGAUCAAGCGAUAUCAGCAAAUUUCCGGCACCGAGAGAAAUUGUGGGUCGCUGAAGCCCUUAUAACUCCAGAUCUCAGUUCGAAACGAGCACAGUCAAUAAGCUACGACGAAGCUCCUGUCAUUCGUCAACAUACUCCACAGCCUACAAUUAGUGAGGUUACCGAGCCCCCCGCUCUUCAGCAUGAGGAUACAACUGAACAGCUGCGUAUCACCCUUACUGGUCCCACUACAUCUGGAAAAUCAAGUCUUCUAGGUACUUUGUCUACCACAACGCUUGAUAAUGGUAGAGGUAAAAGCAGACUCAGUCUAUUGAAACAUCGUCAUGAAAUUGCUACGGGGAUUACAAGUUCUGUGGCACAGGAGUUAGUUGGUUAUAAAGACUCACAAGUCAUCAAUUAUGCUUCUGGCAAUGUAACGUCCUGGACAGAUAUUCAUGCUACAGCAGAAGAUGGCCGGCUUCUAUUUGUUUCCGACUCUGCUGGUCAUCCAAGGUAUCGCAGGACAACAGUUCGAGGCUUGGUUGGUUGGGCUCCCCAUUGGACUGUUCUAUGUGUCGCAGCAGAUGACACGGGUUCAAGCGGUGCCGGAAGUACUUCAACAACGGAGCUUCUUGGCACUGUUGGGGCAGGAACUGAUCUUGCAAAAGCACAUCUUGAGCUUUGUUUGAAAUUGGAUAAACCGUUGGCUAUCGUGAUCACCAAGCUUGAUCUGGCUUCAAGACCUCGUCUAAGCGAGACACUGUCGAAACUUCUAUCUGCUAUCAAAGCAACAGGGAGAACUCCUUCAAUCCUUCCGCCAGAUAAUUCUAAAAACAUCGUCGAUGCCGAUCUAACUAGUAUACUGUCUGAAGAUACUAAUACUGUUAGAAAAGUCAUCAAUACAAUGGCAAUGUCAGAUCUCAGGUCCAUUGUUCCAAUCAUCCUUACAAGUGCGGUCAAGGGAACUGGUAUUCGCCAGCUUCAUGCUCUUUUCCAAGCUUUGCCGAUACCUACACCACCCACUCCUCACGAUUAUAUUGGCAUGGCACUCAAUCCAGAGCAACCCUCGUCUCUAUUCCACAUUGAAGAUGUAUUUGGGGUGCCAGCUUCUUAUGAUGCUUUGAUCUGUAAUAGUAAUGGUGUUGAUGCGGGAACUGUAGUUGCCGGUCAUCUUAGGUUUGGCAGGCUAUCAAUUGGAGAUAAAAUCGUCGUGGGCCCUUUCCCAGCAAAUUCUGACGAUGAUGACUCUCCUCAGACUGGCCCCCGUUCUUCGCCCACCAGUCUAGGUACCUCACACACGCAUCCCUCAGCAACCGAACUUUCCAGGAUAGCUCUUCGAAACACGCCAUCUGCCUCAGUUACUAAAGGCGAAUGGCAUAAUGCUCAUAUAGUCAGCAUUCGCAAUCUUCGCCUCCCGGUACACACAAUCGAAGCUGGUCAAGUUGGAACCAUCGGCAUUGUUCUCGACUUACCGACUCGAGAAUACUCAAAUAGUCCUAUGGAACGUUCCUCUCAGAUUGCUCCUCGAAUUCGCAAAGGAAUGGUGAUGGCGAUACCCAGUAAACAUAUGAUUCAGACUCAUCAUUCUCUUCAAGCUGCCAGUGGUUUCACCGCAUCCUUUGAUGAUGGCGACAUUAAUUCCGUCACGCCGGGCACAGUAGUAGUAAUAUACAUAGCUAGUGUUCGCGCUUCAGCACGGGUUCUCAAAUUAACCCCAAAUCUCCCUGCCAGAGAUAUGGGGGCAGAAGACGCAGAUGAUGUUUUUGGAUUUGGAUCACUGGACGGUUGUGAUAUAACUGAUUCCAACGGGAAAUCAAAAGAUGAGCCAUUUGUAUUUGGCACUGAUGGCAUUACAGAUGUCAGUUUUGAAUUGUUGACAUCUAGGGAAUGGAUAGAGUUGGGUAGUCAGGUUCUGGUAAUGCCCGGGGGUGGUCAUGGACUGUAUUCUGGAAGCGAGAGGGGAGAGAAGGGAGUUGCUGGGCUGGAAGGCUUUGUAGGGAGAGUUGGAGAGGUUGUUGAUUGA